ACGUCACAAGGCUGAUAUUUCUCUUUCAAACUGAAACUACCAAUAAAAGUACUUGUUUUCACUAUCGCAAUAAAAAAAAUUGGGGUGAUCAGACGAAUGGAUAAAAGUCACUGAAAAUUGCGUUAUCAGCAAAUAGCAUUAGUUCAUCAAUGCAUAAGUGAAUUGAUGCAGUUACAUUUAUAUUUCGAGUGCUAACUUUUUUCGAUGAAAAAGAAAAAAAAAGAGGUUUAUUCAUAUAUUCACCGGGAUAGACUAUUCAACUUCGGCAAUACGGCACACUGAACGUUUAAUCGUAUUUUACGGUACAGUUCCGCGCAGAUUCGCGUCUUUUAGUACCCAAUCGCGUUAUCGAGAUUAUAGCGAUAUAUUUUCCUUUUUUAUUAGUUUUUUUUUCGUGAAACGGUAUUCGUUAUUCUUCACGAAGAUUCUUUUAUGCUUCGGUGGUUUAAUAAAAUAUAUGGCGGCGUAAAAGAGUGAAGCUUUGUCACUGAAUGCCUGGUGUUCAAGGUUUAUUGGUAGUUUCUCGCGAGUUCGUGAUUUAGUGAUCAUCAGGGCAGCAGUCGUGUGACGUGGGAUUGUGAAGGAACGAAGACCUUGUCCGGAAGGGAAGUACUCCAACGAUGAUUUGACUCAUUAGAAUAUACUCGAAAUUAACUAUGCCAUAUUGAGACCAGAUACUUUAUUGUGAAUAUUACGAUCAAGAAGUACUGAGAUUGGAUUUAAAAGUGAUUUAGACCCAGGUCAGCAGAGCGAAAUUUCCACUCGGGUCCCUUUGCGGAUAAAGUAUCCACCAAAGGAUGGGUUUUCGUGGAAAAAAUGGGAAAAAUCUUUGUCAUGCACUGCAGAAAAUCCCCAUUGAUGCUUCAAAGCGGCGAAAAAAAUCUCAGUUCAAUUGUGUAAAAAGAUUCGUCCCCAUCCGGACACGGGGGUGGGCUAGAAUCCAACAGUGAAUAAUGCGGUCGCAAAUAAUCCAUACAUCACAGUCUGUCACACGGUUCGUUUUGACACACCGAUAGUUGUAUUUAUGGCUAAUAUACACCAAACCAGAGAGAGGGAGAGAGGGAGAGAGACAGAUGUGCGUAACAAACUAUACAGCGAGCAAGUGUGUUCCCAGAACUCGAUGUGAGAGGAGUUGAGUAGUGAUCGCCAGGGAGAUUGGCUUAAAUCAGGUUCAACGUCGGGGACCUUUGCCGGCUCAGUGCAUUACCGCUUCUCGUGAGGAACGCUUGAAGACCCGGAGAGAAUCUCUUUGAAGAGGACAAAUCGCAUUUCAACCGAGUUUUCACUAUAAAAUAUCAAAGUUUUUCUUUGAGUAUCAAUUUCACAUCAAGUAUCACGAUGUUUACCAAAAAUGAGGGUGGCACGGCUAUUACUGUGCUGCAUACUUCUCGAGGACUACUGUAGCAAUGUCGGUGCGGCAAUUACGAGCGACAUCGUUCACCACCAGGACUUUUCGUCGGAGCAAAACACCGCAACUUUACUCGACAAUAAUGUGCCGAGUUUUGCCACGGCGAUUGGAAACGUGACGGUGGCCAGUGGCCGUGAAGCCAUUUUAUCCUGCACGAUUAGGAGUCUGGGGAAAUACAAGGUUGCAUGGCUCCGAAAUGAGGAUCAGAUGAUCCUAUCAAUGGGCACAAGAUCCAUAACAAAUUCCCAAAAAUUCUCGGUAUCACUGGAGAAUAUAAGGACUAAGACGAAUUUAACGACUGGAAGAAACGAGGACGAGGCAACGUGGAAAUUGCAUAUAAGAACUGUUAAGGAACAGGAUCGUGGAUGCUACAUGUGUCAAGUUAACACAAAACCCAUGCUGAACCAACUGGGUUGCGUUGAUGUUCUGGUUGCACCUGAUAUCCUAACUUCGGGGACAUCAGAGAGCGAGGUAAUCGUCAAAGAGGGUGAGAAUGCUACAUUGGAGUGCAAAGCGUCAGGUAGACCAAAGCCAACCAUAGCGUGGAAGAAGGAGAAGGAUAGUUUAUUAGUGAGAAAAAAUCGUGAUCAAUUCACUAAAGUGAAGACGUUUGCGGGUGAGCGGCUCGAAUUAAUCAGGGUAGACAGAAAGCAAAUGGGGGCCUAUCUUUGUAUUGCAACGAAUGAUGUGCCUCCGGGUGUCAGCAAACGAGUUUAUUUGAGAGUACACUUUUCACCAACGGCGAAAGUUAAAAAUGAACUUGUUGGCUCACCCCUGGGCACCGAUGUGUCACUCAUAUGUGAAAUUGAGUCCUUCCCAAGGACGAUAAAUAUGUGGCAGCGAGGGAAGCAGGUCGUGUCAAUAAGCAGUGGCGGUAGAUUCGUGAGUAAUGAGACGGUGAAUGAAAAAGAGGAGUGGAAGACAACCAUUGAACUCAAGAUAAUGCAACUUCAGGCCGAGGAUUUGGAUGAGUACAAGUGCAUUGCAACAUCUGUCAUUGGUGAAGCUCAAGCAACUCUACGAUUAUACAAGAUUGAAGGUGUGACUCAGUCAACACGUGCGACUUUUACCAGUGGGAGGAGAUUCAAUGGGGGAAAUUCAUCAUGGAGGACAACGCCAAAAGUUUCGUACAGCAGAACAAGUACACCGAUGGUACAAAGGAGUACUGUUACAUUCACUCAUGGAAAAAGGAAAUUCAUUACAACAACAACACCGGACUCACGUGUACCUCUCACUAAAGAUCACAAUGCCUUUAAACAUAAUGAAAUCUUUGAUGGAAGUCCUGGGACGAUAGCCAACUGCAACUUUAUUAUCGUAGUAAUUGCACUUCUUCUGUUAUCAUUUUGAUAUCAGUUCUGAGAUAAUUAUUUUUUCCUCACCAUUCCUUCAAUUAUCCAGCCGCUUUUUAAUUAAAUUCCUCUGCUCUUUAUCUUUCAUUAUUUUUUAGUUUCAUUUUACUUCAGAUAUUUUCAUAUUUCAUCAGUUUAUCUUAUGAUGAAUGUGGAUGACGUAUAUUCACCCCAUGGCCGACCUUUGAGUUUAUAAUAUUCAAGAGUAAGGUGUUCCAUUUACAUACCUCUCCUUUUAUCCUGUUUCAUCUUUUUUUCGUGGUCAUAAACACAUCUUGAAAAAAAAAUAUAUUGCCCCAGGGAUUCAUCAUUCUGUAAAAUUAUACGCAUUUUUUCUUCAUGAAAAACUUAUGAUAAUACGCGAAUGAAGGAUGAAUAUUUUUCAUUAGCACUGUCGAAUGUCUUAACUUAAAUGAGGACAUAUCCGAAGUUGAGAUGAUUAUAUUUUUUUGAAACUACAAAUUCUCGAUAAUUAAAAAUCCUAAACUAAGACGAGAGGUAAAUAAAUUGAAGGAUUCGCAAAGUAAAUUGUAACAGUGACGUUUUCUAGUUAUAAAAUUAUAGAUACUGAACGUAAUGGAGGAUACGAUUUGAGAGGGACACGAGUGUCGUGAAUUGAAUAUGAAUUUCAUAAUCAAAUAUGAGACAAAUAAUUAGUGUAAUGACUUUAACGCAUAAGAUACAUCACAUAGGAUAACGAGUUUUAUGAGAUUGGGGCAUGAGCACUCUGAGAAUAUCAUAUUUCUCGUCGUUUAAAAAGAAGUCAUAUCUGUAGUGCGUGUACCGCUGUAUUAAAUGUUUUCAAGUGAUUACUUAAACGAUAAUUCGCUACUGAAUUUUUGUUUUUAAUGAAUGAAAAGUCGACAAAAAUGUCAGACGAAAAAAACGCCCUAUGCUUUGCCAUUUGACGAUAGUUGGGCAGUUUUACAACUUGUUUUGUACAGUUUAAAGAUAAUUAUAUUUAUUUCAGAUCUCAACAACGAAGUUUAUGUACGAUUCUACCAACUGUUACUCAUUGAUUUGUAAAUAUCAAUAAAGACAUAUCUUCAUUUAUGACCA